AUGAACUCCAACAUCUCCCAACUCGGGGCCGACCCUGAGCAGCAAUCUGUCGAAGCCGUGAGAAAGGAAAAGCUCAGCAUCGAUCAUCUUGAAGUCACUGCAGAUGAGCAGCUUGGCCAUCUGGCUAACCAGGAAGACCACGAGUUGGGUGUCUGGGAGUCUCUCAAAAGAUAUCCUUGGUCUUGUGCUUGGUGUGUCUAUGCCUGCUGGUCUAUCGUCCUCGCUGCCUUCGAGCUCCAAGCAGCAGGCUCCGUUCUGGGGAUCCCUGAAUUCCGGAAAGACUUUGGCUCCUACUUCGAGGGCAACUAUGUGCUGCCCGCGGAAUGGCAGUCGGCAUUCAAUGCCGCCCCAGUGGCGUCUGCCAUUGUCGGUGUGCUUGGUGGCGCCGCUGUUGCCGACAUGAUCGGGCGCAAAUUCACCUUGAUAGGCGCAUUGACAGUCAGCUUUGCUGCAAUCAGCAUCGAGUUUGCUUCAACCACCAAUCCUGUUUUCUUUGGGGGCAAAUUUUUGAACGGCUUUGCGAUCACGCCUCACGCCUGGAGGGGCAUCUUCACUGUAGGCAUUGGAGUCGCUUUUGGCAUUGGUCCUCUCUUGGCCUUCAUCAUUGUCAAUUACACUGGUGAUGUCGACUCUCGUUGGGCGUAUCGUGUCGUUUUUUGCUGCCAAUACGGUUUCGCGGGUGUCUCGGCACUUCUGGCUCCAUUCAUGCCUGAGUCUCCCUGGUGGUUGGUUUCAAAGGGGAAGAAUGAAAAGGCGCUCAGGAGCCUCAGCAAACUUGGCCAGAAAGGCCAGGAGGGCAACAAGAGGCUGGCACUGAUCCAGUUGACACUCGAAGAGAUCAGAAGAGAAACCGAAGGUGUCACCUAUUUCGAGUGUUUCAGACGGUCCAAUCUCCGACGCACAAUCAUUAGCGUUGGGCCCUUGAUCAUCCAAGUGCUGACGGGUAUUACCUUCGUCGCUGGGUACUUCACCUACUACCUCCAACUUGCGGGCUAUUCGGCCAAGGAAAGCUUUAGAAUCCAGAUUGCGCAGCCGGUGCUUUCCAUUGUGGGCAAUCUCAUGGCAGCCUAUUUGAUCGACAGGGUAGGGAGACGCAAUCUGACCUUCUACGGUCUGGCCAUUUUAGUGGUGCUCCUCUUUAUCGAAGGUGGGCUCGCUACGGGCGGCAGCCCCGGCGAGAUCAAAGGCACCGUCGCCAUCAUCUUGAUCUACAGCUGGAUGUACAAUGUCUCGAUCGGAUCGACCGCCUUCUCCAUCAUGACGGAGACGGCCACGGCUCGUCUUCGAGUCAAGACGAUCGCGAUCGGCCUCGCGUUGCAAAACUCGGUCAACGUCAUGUGGCAAUUUGUGCUGCCUUACAUGUUCAAUCCGGACAAAGGCAACCUUGGCGGCAAGGUCGCCUUCGUCUUCGGCGGGCCCAGCUUUCUCUGUCUCUGUUAUCUGUGGUACUUCCAGCCAGAAACUAGCGGCCGGACUUACGAGGAGUUGGAUGAGAUGUUUGCCAAGCGUGUUCCAGCGAGGCAGUUCAAGUCUUAUAAGCCAGAUGCUCAGGCAAAGGGCGAGGUGGUCAAAGACACUGUGGAACAUCAAAAAGCGAUGACUGCUUGA